AUGAACGUGGCCGAAAAGUUUUCCGUGGUCGAUGUGUAUGAUUUAGCGCUGGAAAUUGGGAAAGAGUUUGAAACUAUAAUCGAUUCGAAUGGGGUGAACGCCGUGUCUGGGUUGAUUACGAAGGUGGUCAACGCGUUGGAGUUGAUGGAAACGCUGACCUGCCAGAAUGAGAGUGAAAAUGCAGCGCUACAAGAACUACAGGAGAAAGUUGCGCAACUGGAAGCGGAAAAAGAACAGAAAGCUGCAUCUCGGUCGCGAUAUGAAAAGGAGCUGGAAGCCAUCGAAGAUCAGUGGCGUAAUGAGGCGAAAGAACUGUUUAAAGUGAUCGAUAAGCUGCAAGAGGAAAAUCGUAAACUGCAACGAGGAAUCGCACAAACAGCAAACGAAAAUUGCAACAGUUCCGACGACCAAUCCAAAAAGGGAGGUGCCGUCGAUGGCUCCGUGGAUGAUUCAAAUGUGUUGGAUUCGGAGACGGAGGUGUUGAAAAAGUCUGAGUACAAAAUUCAGCUCUCUCAACUGGAGGAAAAAAUGAAGCGCAAAGAAGUGGAGUUGUGCGAGAAGAUGGCCGAAAUAGAAAGUUUGUCAUGCCAGAAUGAUCGUUUGAAAAAGGUGGUAAGUGAAAGCCGCAGGCGGCAGAAGCUAUCGCACAAUCAGAUCAUCACGCUAUGCGAAGAACGGGCAGACUUUUUGGCGCAAAUUCAGAACCAGCAUCACGAGAUCAAAUCGCUGCGUAUGCAGCUUGGGUUGGCCGAGAAAGAAAACGAAGAUUUGGCGAAUCGAGUAAAUGAAGACGAACGCCCGCGCUUCUCGACGGUGGAACUGAAAGAAAUGCUUACCGAUCGAAACGAGCUGAAGGCUCGGGUCAGUGAUCUCGAGCAGGAACUGAUGACCUGCCAGGCAAUCGGGACUCGCAACGAAAACGACAGUAAAUCGAAUGUAUUUUCUAAAGAACCAAGCAACGAGACAAACGUUGAUUUCAGCGAGCUUCCCGUACAGGGUCCUCUGCCCUACGAACCAGACGAUGCACCAUGGAAAAAGAGUAGCGAAAGUGGUAUAAGAAAGUUCUUCCGCAAACUGUUCAAUGAAACAUCUUCGGAUUGUUCGAGCUUUUCCCAACGCUCACUUUCGACUCUCUCCAAAAUGGCAUUGUCAUCGGGACCGCACAGUGAUAUACCUAUUUAA